AUGUACCGUAACUCUACCGGGAAAGGUAUAACAACUGGAAAAAUAGCAACCCCUCUGCACCCACGACCCUCUUCGAGUUCUCCGAGCUUUUUUCGUUUCGGCGCAAGGCUCGGUUUCGUUCUGGACGAAGAGCUGAAACGAGCUGCCUCGGAUGCCGAGGUGCAGGCUGCUAUUGCAGAUAAAGUUAGCAGGGAACGUAUCGGUCAUGAGGUCGAUCUUAUGAUGACAUCCUACGGCGGCGAUGGCAAUGUUGAAGCAAUGACCUAUAUCUUUGAAUUGCAGUUGUUUUGGGUUGUAUUCGGUCUUCCUCCCGGUAUCGAUUCGAGCUUAUUCGAUGGAUGGUACAGGCUUUGUGUUAACUUGAGACUGAUGAGACGAGUUGGAUUCUCUACCUUCACUGACAAUCAAAGGAGACUCUCUCUAUACGCGGCAUUGUUUCUGCCGUUCAGAAAGAGUGCGUACGGCCGAGGCAAGAAAGGCAAUCCGAAGUUCGCGGUUGUCACCUACAUCAUCUGCAAGUCUCUCAGAUUAAAGUGCAGCGACGCGGAAACGGUGGCUAUAGGUCUAGAGAGAAUUUGGGAAACCAAGCCACUGGUGGAUGGCAAGGAUAUCAUGAGAGUUUUGCAGCUCAAAAAUGAGGGACCACUCGUUGGGGAAUGGAAGCAGAAAUUGCUGGAGUGGCAGCUUGCUCAUCCCCUGGGGACUGCUGAGGAAUUCAUCCACUGGAUGAGGCAACAUUUGAUGACAGAAGUUUUAGCUCCGAUUAGCGAAGGACCAGAGCUUCCUAGUUAUAAAUCGGUUAUUGAACCAAUGGAAAUGCUUGGUUGCAAUUUUGAAUUCGUUAUUACAUGCUUGCUCUAG